ACAGAGCCACAGAAUGCUGAGCAGUCAACAGCAUUUCUUGUUCCAAGAUCACCCUUCUGAGUACCUCUCUGGCUGCCAAAUUGCCAGGGCCUUCAUAGUUUGAUUCCAUUUCUCAGCUCCAAGCAUUAGGUAAACCCACCAAGUUAGGAUUGCACCGGUCCUGUGAUGGCGUUUGACGUCAGCUGCUUCUUUUGGGUGGUGCUCUUUUCUGCCGGCUGUAAAGUCAUCACCUCCUUGGAUCAGAUGUGCAUUGAGAAAGAAGCCAACAAAACAUUUAACUGUGAAAAUUUAGGUCUCAGUGAAAUCCCUGACACUCUACCAAACACAACAGAAUUUUUAGAAUUCAGCUUUAAUUUUUUGCCUACAAUUCACAAUAGAACCUUCAGCAGACUCAUGAAUCUUACCUUUUUGGAUUUAACUAGGUGCCAGAUUAACUGGAUACAUGAAGACACUUUUCAAAGCCAUCAUCAAUUGAGCACACUUGUGUUAACUGGAAAUCCCCUGAUAUUCAUGGCAGAAACAGCGCUUAGUGGGCCCAAGUCACUGAAGCAUCUUUUCUUAAUCCAAACGGGAAUAUCCAAUCUCGAGUUUAUUCCAGUGCACAAUCUGGAAAACCUGGAAAGCUUGUAUCUUGGAAGCAACCAUAUUUCCUCCAUUAAGUUCCCCAAAGACUUCCCAGCAUGGAAUCUGAAAGUACUGGAUUUUCAGAAUAAUGCUAUACACUACCUCUCUAGAGAAGACAUGAGGUCUCUGGAGCAGGCCACCAACCUAAGCCUGAACUUCAAUGGCAAUCAUGUAAAAGGUAUUGAGCUUGGGGCUUUUGAUUCAACCGUCUUCCAAAGUCUGAACUUUGGAGGAACUCCAAAUUUGUCUGUUAUAUUCAAGGGUCUGCAGAACUCUACUACUCAGUCUCUCUGGCUGGGAACAUUUGAGGACAUUGAUGACGAAGACAUUAGCUCAGCCAUGCUCAAGGGACUCUGUGAAAUGUCUGUUGAGAGCCUCAACCUGCAGAAACACCACUUCUCUGACGUCUCAUCCACCACAUUUCAGUGCUUCACCCAAAUCCAGGAAUUGGAUCUGACAGCAACUCACUUGACAGGGUUACCCUCUGGGAUUAAGGGUCUGAACUUGCUCAAGAAAUUAGUUCUCAGUGUAAAUCAUUUUGACCAAUUGUGUCAAAUCAGUGCUGCCAAUUUCCCCUCCCUUACACACCUCUACAUCAGAGGCAACGUGAAGAAACUUCACCUUGGUGUUGGCUGCUUGGAGAAACUAGGAAACCUUCAGACACUUGAUUUAAGCCAUAAUGACAUAGAGGCUUCUGACUGCUGCAGUCUGCAACUCAAAAACCUGUCCCACUUGCAAACCUUAAACCUGAGCCACAAUGAGCCUCUUGGUCUCCAGAGUCAGGCAUUCAAAGAAUGUCCUCAGCUAGAACUCCUCGAUUUGGCGUUUACCCGCUUACACAUUAAUGCUCCACAAAGUCCCUUCCAAAACCUCCAUUUCCUUCAGGUUCUGAAUCUCACUUACUGCUUCCUUGAUACCAGCAAUCAGCAUCUUCUAGCAGGCCUACCAGUUCUCCGGCAUCUCAACUUAAAAGGGAAUCACUUUCAAGAUGGGACUAUCACAAAGACCAACCUACUUCAGACUGUGGGCAGCUUGGAGAUUCUGAUUUUAUCCUCCUGUGGUCUCCUCUCUAUAGACCAGCAAGCAUUCCACAGUUUGGGAAAAAUGAGCCAUGUAGACUUAAGCCACAACAGCCUGACAUGCGACAGCAUUGAUUCUCUUAGCCAUCUUAAAGGAAUCUACCUCAAUCUGGCUGCCAACAACAUUAACAUCAUCUCACCCCAUCUCCUCCCCAUCUUGUCCCAGCAGAGCACCAUUAAUUUAAGUCAUAACCCCCUGGACUGCACUUGCUCGAAUAUUCAUUUCUUAACAUGGUACAAAGAAAACCUGCACAAAUUUGAAGGCUCAGAGGAGACCAUGUGUGCGAACCCGCCAUCUCUAAGGGGAGUUAAGCUAUCUGAUGUCAAGCUGUCCUGUGGGAUUACAGCCAUAAGCAUUUUCUUUCUUAUAGUAUUUUUAUUAUUGUUGGCUAUUCUGCUGUUUUUUGCAGUUAAAUACCUUCUCAGGUGGAAAUAUCAACACAUUUAGGGCUGAAGGUUUCCAGAGAAAGCAGAUAAAUGUGCUUAGCAAAAUUGCUCUAAGUGAAGGAACUGUUAUCUACUGGUGACCAGACCAGACUUUUCAGAUCGCUUCCUGUAACUGGGCAGGGACUCACUGCCCUUUUCUGAGCUUCUUACUCCUGGGAGCCCCAGAGCUAAAGAACCUUCUAAGCAAGUACACCGAACGACUCAGGCCAGAGGGUCAGACGCUGCUGUGAGAGGCACAGAGCCCUUUCCGCAUGUGGAAGAGUGGGAGGAAGCAGAGGGAGGGGCUGGGCAAGGACUGCCGGGCCCCGGGGUCUCCCACAGGGAGGCCGUUCCCCUUCUACUCACCCACAUCCCUCCCAGCACCGCACACCCCGCCCCUGAAAGGAGGUCAUCAGCCCCCACAAUUUGGCAGAGCUGAAGCCAGCCCACUACCCACCCCCACCACAGCAUUGCGCUUGGGUCUGGGUUCUCAGUAAUGCAGCCGUUUGAGAAACUUACCUGGGGACAAAGUCUCAAUCCUUAUUUUAAAUGAAAAAA